AUGGGAUCUUCAAAGAGUGCUGCAGUAGUACUUCUCCUGCUAGUUAACCUCUUUUUGUUCUCCACCCUUGGCUCCUCCGCCCAAUUCCCCAAAGCAUCACUUGCACCCGCCCAAUCCCCUGAAGCAUCACCUACUACUUGUCCUUACUUGGAAUUGGGUGUUUGCUCAGGCUUGUUGAACGCGGUGGUUCAUCCUCCAGAAAAAAGAGAGCGCUGCUGCUCCCUCAUCGGUAAGAUAACCGGUAUUGAUGCUGCCGCCGUGUGCCUUUGCCGUGCAUUCAAGGCCCGUUUCUUCCAUAUCCACUUCGACAUUGAAAUUGCCAUGCACACCAUUUUCAACCGCUGUGGCCACAACUUGCCCUCAGACUUCCAAUGCAAACGUUAA